GCCAUGUGCUCCUGCGCUCCCUCGUCCGACAUGUCGGGCACCGUGCGCGAGCUGCCGGCCACCGCCAACACGACGGGCCCCGGCUACGCCGUCGCCGGCAGCGAGGAGCUCAAGUACAGCUACUCAUUCGUCGACAGCGUCUUCGACACUAAGAAGGAGGACCUCUCGGCCUACUACACCAAGUGGGGCCGCGUUCUGAUUCUGCUCGACACCAACGUGGAAGCGCUGUACGGCAGCACGAUCCGCCAGUACUUCGACCACUACUCCAUCAAGCCCACGCUGCACGUCUUCAAGGGCGGCGAGCUCAACAAGACGAUGGACACGAUGCUGCAGUUCUGCUCGGCGAUGGACGACUUUGGCCUCAUCCGCAAGGAGCCCGUGCUCGUCGUCGGCGGCGGCCUCGCGUCCGACGUCGCCGGCUACGCGUGCGCCAGCUACCGCCGCUCGACGAACUACAUCCGCGUGAGCACGACGCUCAUCGGCCUCAUCGACGCCUCCAUCUCCAUCAAGGUCGGCCUCAACUACGGCAAGCUGAAGAACCGCCUCGGUGCAUACCACGCCCCCAUGCACACCUUCCUGGACUUCGACUUCCUCAAGACGUUGCCGAUCGGACAAUGCCGCAACGGAUUCGCGGAGAUCAUGAAGAUCUCGCACGCGGCCGAGAAGCAGACGUGGGACCUGCUCGUCAAGUACGGCCCGCAGCUCGUGGAGUCGGGCUUCGGUCGCAAGGAGAACGGCAGCGCCGAGCUCAAGGAGGCCGCCGACACGAUCUGCCGCCGCGCCAUCUUCAAGAUGCUGGAGCUGGAGUCGGGCAACCUGCACGAGAUCGGGCUGGAUCGUGUUAUCGCAUCCGGACACGGGAUUAGCCCCACGCUGGAGCUCGCGCCCUUCCCGCCGCUGCGCCACGGCCACGCCAUCACCGUCGACAUGAGCUUCACCAUCAUCCUCUCGCACGCGCGCGGCCUCCUCUCCGACGCCGAGCGCGACGAGUGGUUCACGCUUGCCCACGGCGUCGGCCUCACCAUCGACCACCCGGCGCUCGACAACGCGCUGCUGCACGAGAGUGUCAAGGCCAUCGAGAAGACGCGCGACGGCAAGCAGCGCUUCGUGCUCGCCGGCCCGUACGGCGAGUGCUGCUUCGCCAACGACAUCUCCAAGGAGGAGUUCGAGGCGACGCUCGCUCAGCUCAAGACCUACGUCAAGGAGCGCUUCCCGGAGUACGCCGGCGAGGGCCAGGACGCGUACGCCGACGCCAGCGACCUCGGCGCCGACCCGGAGGCCAUGAAGCAGGAGAAGGCGCGCAACGGCGAGAAGGCCGCACCCACGAAGAAGGCCGCCGCCAACGGCGUGCUGCCGGCGCUCCAGUCGCAGCAGGCCGUCGCCGCAUGA